CCCAGACGCCUUGGGGACAGGCGAGUGCAGAGGCCUAAGGAGCUGCACCGAGGGGAGGAUAGGGGCAGGCAGGCCAAGGCCCAGCCGGGGCUGGGGGAGGACACAUGGAGCGAUCCCAGUCCCAGCGGCAUGGGGGUGAACAGAGCUGGUGGGGAAGUGCCCCCCAGUACCAGUACAUGCCCUUCGAGCACUGCACCAGCUACGGACUGCCCUCCGAGAAUGGGGGCCUUCAGCACCGGCCCCGAAAGGACGCAGGUCCCCGGCACGUCUAUCCCACACAGAUUUAUGGCCAUCACAAAGAGCGAUUUUUGGACAAGGAACAGGAUAUAAGGAUGCCCAAGAAGAUGGGCUCCAGUUCUACCUUGGACAGCAAGGAUGAGGACCACUAUUCUAAAUGUCAAGGUUGUAUCCACCGCCUAGAGAGUAUGGUAAGAAGGAAGUUAGGGGAAGACUGGAUCUUUCUGGUGCUCCUGGGCCUGCUGAUGGCUCUGGUCAGCUGGUGCAUGGACUAUGUCAGUGCCAAAACCCUUCAGGCCUACAAGUGGACCUAUGCCCAGACGCAGCCCAGCCUUCCUCUGCAGUACCUGGUCUGGGUCACCUUCCCGCUUGUCCUCAUCCUCUUCAGCGCCCUCUUCUGCCACCUCAUCUCUCCCCAGGCUGUUGGCUCUGGAAUCCCGGAAAUGAAGACGAUCCUUCGAGGGGUUGUCCUGAAGGAAUAUCUCACACUCAAGGCCUUUGUGGCAAAGGUGGUGGCCCUGACUGCAGGGCUGGGCAGCGGCAUCCCUGUGGGGAAAGAGGGCCCUUUUGUCCACAUUGCCAGCAUCUGUGCUGCUAUCCUCAGCAAGUUCAUGGCUGUGUUUUGUGGGGUCUACGAGCAGCCGUACUAUUACACUGACAUGCUGACAGUGGGCUGUGCCGUGGGGGUCGGCUGCUGCUUUGGAACACCACUUGGAGGCGUGCUCUUUAGCAUCGAGGUCACCUCUACCUACUUCGCAGUGCGGAAUUACUGGCGAGGAUUCUUUGCAGCCACAUUCAGUGCUUUUGUGUUCCGUGUGCUGGCGGUGUGGAACAAGGAUGCUGUUACUAUCACAGCUCUAUUUCGAACCAAUUUCCGAAUGGACUUCCCCUUUGACCUACAGGAACUCCCAGCCUUCGCUGUCAUCGGGAUUUGCUGUGGGUUCCUGGGAGCUGUAUUUGUGUACCUGCAUCGCCAAGUCAUGCUCGGUGUCCGAAAGCACAAGGCCCUCAGUCAAUUUCUUGCUAAGCACCGCCUGCUGUAUCCUGGAAUUGUUACCUUCCUCAUCGCCUCAUUCACCUUCCCACCAGGAAUGGGCCAGUUCAUGGCUGGAGAGCUGAUGCCCCGGGAAGCCAUCAGUACUCUGUUUGACAACAAUACGUGGGUAAAACACGAGGGUGACCCCAAAAGCCUGGGCCAGUCGGCUGUGUGGAUUCACCCACGGGUCAAUGUUGUCAUCAUCAUCCUUCUCUUCUUUAUCAUGAAGUUUUGGAUGUCCAUUGUGGCCACCACUAUGCCCAUACCCUGUGGAGGCUUCAUGCCUGUGUUUGUGCUAGGAGCUGCAUUUGGAAGGCUUGUGGGAGAAAUCAUGGCCAUGCUAUUCCCAGAUGGUAUCUUAUUUGAUGACAUCAUCUACAAAAUUCUCCCUGGGGGCUAUGCAGUAAUUGGAGCAGCCGCCCUGACGGGGGCCGUGUCCCAUACAGUCUCCACAGCUGUGAUUUGCUUCGAAUUAACGGGUCAGAUUGCUCACAUCCUACCUAUGAUGGUGGCUGUUAUCUUGGCCAACAUGGUAGCUCAGAGCCUGCAGCCUUCCCUGUAUGACAGUAUCAUCCAGGUCAAGAAGCUACCCUACUUGCCUGACCUUGGUUGGAACCAGCUCAGCAAAUUUACAAUCUUUGUUGAGGACAUCAUGGUACGUGAUGUGAAGUUUGUUUCAGCUUCAUGCACAUACGGAGAACUGCGAAACCUGCUCCAGACCACCACAGUCAAGACUCUACCACUGGUUGAUUCAAAAGAUUCCAUGAUCCUGCUGGGCUCCGUGGAGCGCUCAGAGCUGCAAUCCCUUCUGCAGCGCCACCUGUGUCCCGAGCGGAGGUUACGGGCAGUCCAGGACCUGGCGCGGAUGAUGUCCGAGCUGCCCUACGACGGCAAGGCACGGCUGGCGGGGGACGCGCUCCCGGGCAGUGCGCCAAGGGGCCGGCCUGAGUCCUUUGCCUUUGUGGAUGAGGAUGAAGAUGAGGACCUCUCCGGCAAGACCGAGCUGCCUCCACCUCCACCACCACCCUGUCCUAGUGCCCCAUCGUCCUCUGAGGAGCCCAAUGGGCCCCUGCCCAGCCACAAACAGUCACCUGAAGGCCCAGAACCUGCAGGUCAAAGAUCCUCCGUCUUUCAGUGCCUGCUGCGCUGCUUGCUGGGCAGAACUCGGCCUCCAAAGAAAAAACCAACUCAGGAUUCGACAGAGUUAGUGGAUAACAUGUCACCGGAAGAGAUCGAGGCCUGGGAGCAGGCGCAGCUGAGCCAGCCUGUCUGCUUUGAUUGCUGCUGUAUCGACCCGUCUCCCUUCCAGCUGGUGGAGCAGACCACUCUGCACAAGACACACACGCUCUUCUCACUCCUUGGCCUCCACCUGGCUUAUGUGACCAGCAUGGGGAAACUCAGGGGCGUCCUGGCGCUGGAGGAGCUACAGAAAGCUAUUGAGGGUCACACCAAAUCUGGAGUGCAGCUCCGCCCUCCCCUCGCCAGCUUCAGGAACACAACCACCUCGACCUCUCGAAAGAGCCCUGGGGGCCCAGCUCCUCCUGCAGAAGGCUGGAGCCUGCCUGAGGAAGCUGGAGGCCAUCUUGGAGCAGAAGACCUGACCCCUGCAUCCCCGGAGACACCGGUGCCACCCCCAUCCCCAGGUCCCCCUCAGCCCCUGGCCCCCGCUACAGCAGGGGGUGAGCUGGAGGAGCUGGAGUUAGUGGAGAGUCCAGGGCCUGAAGAGGAGCUGGCUGACAUCCUUCAGGGCCCCAGUCUUCGAUCCACUGAUGAAGAGGAUGAUGAGGAUGAACUGAUCCUUUGACCAACUCUGGAUCCUCCUCAUAAAGAAUGUUUAGAGGCCCAUCACAAAGGAUGGAAUUGUGUAGGAUUGGGGUCCUGAAAUUGGGGUGGUCGUACCUCCUGGGAAUUUUUAAAUGUGUUAAGAAUAAUCUUAAAGAUGGAGUCAAAAUUUAGGGAGGAAGGAAUUUCAGUUAUUUAGACAGCUUCCCAAAUCCCAGGCAGGCAGGUGGUUGUAACCCCCAAGGGGUCCUGAUAAUCCAUGGGGCCUCCUGAGUUUUCUUGUUGUAUAGAUGGGGUGCUCACUUCCCCUCAAGGCCCACAAUUGCCCAGUGCUCUUGUGCCAGUGUUUGCUGUCCUUGUGUGUCCUUUACUUCCUACAGGGGGCAGAUAGGAGAGGUCCAGAAUGACAGUGGAGGGGGGAUGGGACCACCUCUAAGCCUUGCAGACUGGUCACCUCAGAAUAUGCCUCCGAUCCAUGCUUCUCUGGGAGCCCCCAGCUCCCACCAGCGCAUGGUCUGCCCCCAGGUCCUAUUCUGCCUGCUAUUACCCAUCUUCAUGCCAGGGCUAUUUAAGGCCAACCACAUCCCCCUCCUUUGUCCCCCGCUGCAAGCCAUGAGCUGUGGAUACAAAGACUAUCCAGGGCAGCUGCCUGGCAAAGAAAAGGUGGCCAAAGCCUCCACAUGGAAGAAGCAGUGCCUUAUUGUCAAACAAUCACAGUCCCAUGGUAUCAUCUGACUCCCCCUGGCAAAGAGGUCUCCCCUUUCACAUUACUCUCUGAUUCCAGGUUACCCCCUAGAAAUACAUCUUCCCUAUCCUGCUGCUGCAACUGAUCUGUCCUACCAAGGGUCACUGUGCCCUGGCGUCUUUCCAGCCUGCAACCCCUCUUAGAUAGGAUCCUCUGGUUCUUCCAGGGUGGAGUCUUGGAGGGGACCCCUCCGGAUCGCUGGCGUUUUUACUGCUUCCCAUGCUUGGGGCAGUUCCACCCUUGAGCUCCCCAGUGGGCAGCAGGCUGUGGUGCAUGGCGUUAGCUGCCUCCCAUGCUAAGGGACACUGGGGCUCUGAGAAUCCAGAAGCACUGGCUCCAAACCCCAUGCUUUUUUCCUGCCCUCCCUGCAUGCCUUGUUUACUUCCUAUUCUCUUUUCAGCAUUCUCCUGCCCCUCCCCUGUGCCCAGCUCCUCCAUCCCCCAAAUAAGACACUCACAGUCAGAGGAUGCCACCACAUUCUGUUUAGUGUCACUGAACACAGCCUCUGGUCCUCCCCAGCAUCGCAUCCCUUCCACCUCCCCAGGCCAAGAGAGAGAGAUGCCAAGGCCUGGGUAGGGGGGUUGGCAGAGGGCAUCAAGCCCAUGCCCAUGUGUAUAUAAUCUAUAGUAUUUAUAUAUAUUUAUACAAUUCUCUCUGUAAUAUAUGUCAUAGAAUCUCUCUCAGGCCUGGGGUGGGAAUAUCACAUUAAGAAAACAUGCGAAGACUGGCCAUAAAAAUGGGAAUUUCUCAGAGCUGGAAGAUGGAAUGAGAGGCAUAUGGGGGUGGGCAAAGAUGAUAAUAAACUCACUCCCCAAGAUCCCUCCUCAAGACAAGGGUAAGAAAGGUGGGGGUGGUAGAGGGUCAGUGGAAGAGGAGGAAUGGAAGGUUUGGAUUUCCAUUUAAUAAAGUUGAUUGAAAAUGAAAGUGCA